AUGAGAUCAACCCCAGAGCUCCCCAUUCGUGUACUUACUCAUAACAUUCGAUAUGCAACUUCAUCUCCCUUCAAAGGAGAACGGCCGUGGGCUGAACGCAGGCAAUUAAUGCUGAAUGAGCUCGAAUAUCAUACUCGCCACUGUAGAGAGUCCUUCAUUUGUCUGCAAGAGGUUCUUCACAACCAGCUCGAGGAUAUCCGAGCGGGGUUGAAUCCCUCCCGAGGCUCCAAAAAUCAGCAAUGGGCAUAUAUCGGAGUCGGUCGAGACGAUGGCCAUCAAGCUGGAGAAUAUUCCCCAAUAUUCUAUCGCCCUGCGGUCUGGGAAUUGCUACGUUGGGAGACUGUCUGGCUGUCCGAGACACCUUCCAAGCCAUCGAAGAGCUGGGACGCGGCCUCCAUUCGCAUUGUCACCAUCGGUGUAUUUACUCACCGAACCAGUGGCGACACCGUUCUCGCCUUGAACACUCAUUUGGAUGAUCAGGGAGCUCGCUCCCGGCUUGAAGCUGCGCGUAUCAUUCGCUCCAAGAUCCAGGGCUACCAGCGGGGACAAUAUGGAGGCUUUAUUUCGGGCACUUUUUUGGCUGGUGAUCUCAACAGCCAGGAGAACCAGGAGGCAUAUGCUGAUCUCACUGGGUCUGGAGAUUUGCGUGAUACAUUCAAGAUGGUCGAUACCUUACGACGAUAUGGCAACAUCACUACUGUGACUGGGUUUGGUUACGGAGACAAUCCAGCGCGCAUUGACUACGUUCUACUGGGGCCCGAGGGCAACCAGAAAUGGCGAGUGGAUGGGUACUCUGUCAUGCCAAGCCGGUUCGAGGAUGGAGUGUUCAACUCGGACCAUCGCGCUGUUGUUGCAGACCUCACUCUCAUCGGCUAG